GAUGGUAUUGAAAGCUGUGAGGUUAGAAGCGCAGAUGCACUGAGCAUACUAAUACGCGAUGAAAGCAUUGGUACAAUAGCUGAUAUAAAUGCACCAAUUGCGGCAACUGAUUCUGGUAUCACUGUCCGGGAUGCAGCUGACGGCACAUCGGCUAGUUCGCCGAACCAUGCUGAUGAGGAGCCUGUUCAGGUUGUGAUUAACACUUUCAUGUGA